GCAACAUGUAUACUGUUUUAUCGUGUAAAAUGACGACUUGUUGUCUCUUGCAGGAAGAGUACGUCCCGCAACUGAUUAAUAUGGAGAAGACCACCGGCUACGACGAGUUGGAACAGAAUCUAAUCUCCAUAACGGGGGAAGAAUACCAACAACAACAACAACAACAACAACAACCGUCGUCUUCCACCCACGUCUUCGCCAAACCUUCGCCACGGGUGCAUGGUGGAAAGCGUAUGCCGAUUGCGGUGAAAAAUAUCUCCAGAAACGACAGACCACCCACGGCCGCCACCGACGACGAGCACUCUGACAGAGGAGAAGAGGUGCAGUCGCCGGUCGCCCCUACCGACAUCUGUGACAACAAUCGUAAGGGGUCCGACGGGAAGAGGAGGAAGCGGGCAUCUUCGAGGUCUUCCUCGUCGUCCCCCGAGCGAUCGCGGUCGCCCAAGAAGACUAAGAAACGGCGUUCGAAAAGUAAGAGUAAGAGCCGGUCACAGUCCUCUUCUCGGUCUCCUACAGCGACGCGUCCCCGAGAGUCUCCCGAGAAGCGUGGCAACAAGGACGCGAGACGUCGUGGGAGCAACCCUACGCCGCGGCCGGCCGAAAAGAAAGGGGACGGGACCCGUCCACAGCACCCGCCGACCCGCCCACAACCGAGCCCGCCGAAAACACAGGAGGUGACCGAGGGUCUCAACAACGAAAUCUACAAGGACAUGCGCCAAAAGAUGCCGGAGUCCGCCUCCAGAGCCGCCUCGCUCGUCUCCGGAAUAUCAUCGGUCUCCACAUCGAAGAGGCGCUCACCGGCGCCGUUCGUCCUGGGCGACUACGUUCCCAAACAGUUGCAAGACAAGGAGGUGUGUACAAAAACCAUAUCCGCGAUACAAAACUUGCGGAACGUAAAAAGGAGGAACCUCGUCGAGGCGGUGAGACUCAUAGUCCACGUGGCGCCCUCGCCUCUCGGCGGGCAAAACCAACAGCAGCAGCAACAACAACCACCACUCCCGCCCAAUUACCCCAGUUUCGACCACUACAGUUACCUCUUCUCGGGUCAAGAGGAGUGCUUCGGUUACGACUACCAGACCCUGCGCAACAACCCGGCCCUGGUGGUGAAAUCUCUCACGCACGCCCUCAAACCCGGCCCCAAACGAGAUCCGAAAAACAUGUCCCUGGACCUCGUGUUCCGCAGGGCCCUCAGAGAGAUCGCCCAGGAACUGUACGACAUCGCCGAUCCCGGAACCGUGGUGGUGUCCAUGGAGAACCCGGUCUUCGUGAGCGGCCGUUACCUGGAGCUCCGAUUGUUGGAGAAGUUGGUACAGUUCUACAGCGCCCACUGCGCCGGUCUGGAUUUGAGCAAGUACCUCACGCAGUCGUCCGCGGACACGACGUCGCCGCUGAGGGAGUACGUAGAGGGUAGUCGUUGCGAGCAGUACGUGCGGGUACUGCACGACCGCUACCAACUGAAGUCGGGGGCAGAUCUCGUAAACCCGAGUCCCGAAUCGCUCCUAAUGCCGUCGUCCAUGAGGGUGUGGACGGACGUGGAAACACAGGAGUCCACCUCGUUACGGAUCUACAACCACACGGAAACCCUGUUCGAAAAAGUGAAGAGAGAGAGGAAGAGAGAGGUGAAGGAGAGCGAGGUGAACGAGAGGAAGGCGAUGGUCGGACUAACAGUGGAAUUCGGCCACGCGUACGGAAAGGAGAUGGCGCGUUUCAUGAGGGAGCACCAGGAGUUUUUCGCGCGGGCCCUGAAGGCGAGCGAGCUCUUCGUCUGGAUGUGCUUCGGCAUAACAACGGACGAGGUGUUUCAGGGAAACGGUAUCAUGGCCGCUUCGUACGCGUUGGCAAGAGCCGAUUCGAAAAACCCCAACAUCUGUUGGAACUACCCACUCGCUACGAUGAUUCGGGCGCGUCCGGAGAACGUAGCCGCGCCGCCUCCUCUGCUGGCUUAUGACGAAUAUUUCUCCGAGAACUUGGAAGAAGACUUCGCUAUGGUAAAAUAGAAUAAAAUUACAAGUUAGGGGUUUCGUAUUUA